CUUCCUUGGCAUUCUCACUCUUCCAACUUCCAACACCCUCAGCCUUCGAGCAUUCUCAUUUCCAUAGUUUCCAUUCAAAGAGACCUGUAACAAACAAUAUUGCAACCAAUUAUUUUAGUUAAUUAUAUCACCACCAUGACAGAGACAGUUCCAACUGAAGCUCAUCCUCCGGCCAAUGCCAAUUCGGAAUGUGUCGGCCCUGCCUCGGAAUCGGCCGGCAAAAACUCGGCUUGUCAGGGGUGUCCCAAUCAGUCGGCGUGUUCCACGGGGGCCUUUAAUUCUCCCGAAGCCAAGGCCAAGGCACAACAGGAAACACAAUCGCUCAAGGCGUCCUUAUCCAAUGUAUCACAUGUCAUUUUGGUUCUAUCGGGAAAGGGAGGAGUCGGAAAGAGCACCUUGGCGGCGCAACUCAGUCAUACACUGGCAUCACAGGGAUUCGCAGUGGGACUCCUCGAUGUCGAUCUUUGCGGUCCUUCGGCACCUCGCAUGGUAUUGGGAGAUGCCUACGCCACGUCGCAGGUUCAUCGAUCCGGAUCGGGAGCCUGGACACCUGUCUACGCGUCGCCCAACUUGGCCGUCAUGUCCAUUUCAUUCUUGCUAGAACAAAACAAUGCCGCCGUGAUUUGGAGAGGACCACGAAAAAACGCACUCAUUCAACAAUUCCUCACCGAAGUGGAUUGGACUGGGGAUACCGAUGGACUCGAUUAUCUCAUUGUUGAUACUCCGCCAGGAACCAGUGACGAACAUAUUUCAACCGUUCAGUACUUGCAAAAAGCCGGAGCUGUCAGUGGAGCUGUUGUUGUCACCACUCCAGAGGAAGUCAGUUUGGCGGAUGUACGAAAGGAAUUGAAUUUCUGUGAAAAGACCAAGGUUCCUGUUCUGGGAGUGGUAGAAAACAUGGGGUCCUUGCAAACAACUAUCUCCAAGUUGACGUUUCGGGACCCCAAGUCGGGAGAUGACAAGACCGAAGAUGUCUUGAAGCAACUCCAAGAAAAGUGCCCAGAGUUGCUAGAUAUGGUGGCCAGCGCCGAUCUAUUUCGAGUUGUUGACAACAAUCCACAAAGUACCAAAAAGGGAGCCGAACAAAUGGCAGAACAGUAUAAUGUACCCUUCUGGGGCAGUCUUCCCUUGGAUACUGAUCUUUUGAAAUGCUGCGAACAAGGCAAACCAGUAGUGGAAGAAUGCCCCAAUUCUAUUGCCAGCAAGACACUGACUGGAUUUGUCCAACGACUCACCAAGGCUCUUCCCGUGGAGAUGGGAAAGUAAGCAGGAGGCACACAAAAACACAACCACAACAAAAAAUACUCCAAACUUUCAUUGAUCCAAGUGAUGUGGAAUACAUGAAUGAAAGCAUACACCAGACAGCCAAAUAACCUAAAACAAGCUCAGCUGGA